CGAGCUGGCGUCGUGAGCGACGCGAGGCGCAAUUGAUCGCAACGAGCGACACAUAGCAUCGCCCCAGCCACAAUGCCACCCGCGCCGGCGACGGCUACGGCGGCGGCGGCGGCGCAGCACCUGGAGUCCGUCCUCCCUUGCCUGACCACGCUCUCACACUACAAGCAGUUCCACGCGCAGCUCAUCACCUCGGCCCGCCUCUACUUCGAGCCCUCCCUCCGAGCCCGCUUCCUCGACCGCCUCGCGCUCUCUCCGCACGCCGCGGCGCUGCCGCACGCCCUCCUCCUCCUCCGCUCCCUCCCGUCCCCCGCCACUAACGACCUCAACGCCGCCCUCCGGGGCCUCGCCGCCUCCCCGCACCCCGCGCGCUCGCUGCUCCUCCUCGCCGGCCGCCUCCUCCCCUCGCCGUCCCCGCCGCGGCCCCGCCUCGACGCGCUCUCCCUCUCCUUCGCGCUGAAGGCCUCCGCCCGGUGCUCGGACGGCCCCGCCACCCUCCAGCUCCACGCGCUCGUCCUCCGCCUCGGCUGCACGGCUGACGUGCGGCUGAUCACCACGCUGGUCGACUCGUAUGCGAAAUGCGACGACCUCGCGUCCGCACGGAAGGUGUUCGAUGAAAUGACCGUGCGCGACGUGGCCUCGUGGAAUGCGCUGCUUGCUGGGCUGGCUCAGGGGACUGAGCCUACCCUGGCCCUGAAGCUGUUCCACAGACUGGUAGGGAGCUUCCGGGAGUUGCCACCAAGGGAGGCACCCAAUGAGGUGACCAUGGUUGCCGCGCUUUCUGCGUGUGCACAGAUUGGCUCGUUAUGGGACGGAUUGUAUGUGCAUGAGUUUGUUCGCAAAAUGGGCGUCAGUGGCAAUGUUCGUGUUUGCAAUGCACUUAUUGACAUGUACUCCAAGUGCGGUUCAUUGGCCCGGGCGCUGGAAGUGUUCCACUCCAUCAAACGAGAAGACCGGACACUUGUGUCAUACAAUACUGCGAUACAAGCAAUUUCCAUGCAUGGGCAUGGGGGUGAUGCACUCAAGUUGUUUGAUGAAAUGCCGACAUGUAUUGAGCCGGACGAAGUGACCUACAUCGCUGUGUUGUGCGGAUGCAACCAUGCUGGGCUCGUGGAUGACGGCCUCAGGGUUUUUCAUGGCAUGAGGGUUCCUCCUAAUGUAAAGCACUAUGGCACUGUUGUGGACCUUCUUGGCCGUGCAGGCCGCCUUGCCGAGGCAUAUGAUACUAUUAAGUCCAUGCCGUUUCCUGCAGAUAUUGUCCUCUGGCAGACAUUACUGGGUGCGUCCAAGAUGCAUGGUGAUGUUGAGCUCGCGGAGUUAGCUGCUACAAAGCUUGCCAAGCUUGGUUCAAAUGUUGAUGGCGACUAUGUGCUCCUCUCCAAUGUAUAUGCGUCCAAGGCACGGUGGGCAGAUGUUGGUCGAGUCCGUGAUACCAUGCGAAGCAAUGAUGUGCGGAAAGUACCUGGCUUCAGCUACACAGAGAUAAGUGGUGUAAUGCAUAAGUUCAUUAAUGGUGAUAAAGAGCACCCAAGGUUGCAGGAGAUUUACAGAGCGCUAGAGGAAAUUAUGUCAAGAAUAGGAGAGCUGGGAUAUGAGCCGGAAACAAGCAAUGUGCUUCAUGACAUCGGGGAGGAGGAGAAGCAGUAUGCAUUGUCCUAUCAUAGCGAAAAAUUGGCCAUUGCAUUUGGGUUGAUUGCCACGCCACCUGGGGAGACCCUGCGGGUGAUAAAAAAUCUCCGAAUCUGUGGGGACUGUCAUGUAGUGGCAAAGCUCAUAUCUAAAGCCUAUGGCCGAGUGAUUAUCAUCCGGGAUAGAGCAAGAUUCCAUCGGUUUGAAGAUGGGCAGUGCUCUUGCAGCGAUUACUGGUAAAACACUGGUGUGUUCGGUGAUUUACAGGGCUGAUGGAGUUGAUAAUGAGCCACUAACUUCACAGAUCAACAGACUACAGCACUUUGUAGACGGCUAAUUCAAUUCGAAGGUGCCGCUGGUGAGGCAUUCAUUGUUUUGUUGUUGGCUGCACAGAGACAGCCUUAAGGAAGAAUGAGAGAAAUUCAAUGAGAAAUGAGUAGAUCUGUAGAUACGAUGCAUCCAACCAGAAGCAUUCUGCUCGUGUAAAGUGGGGGAGAAUAGAGGUUAAAGGGGCAAGAAUGAAAGUGAGGAAAGGAUGAUCACUCUCAAAGCUUCAAUAUUCAGAGUUGAUGCAAAGUCUCUGGUCUACCAUGCUCCUGCCCUUUCUCAGAAGUCUUGGUUGUCCAGAAAUGGCGCAACCGAAAUGCAUUCAAAGACAUUCACAUGGAUUGAGUGCCACCUAUCGCUUUGGUUGUCAGAGCUCCCCAUUGGCUCUUAACCAGCCCGCUUAACAUCUACCAUAAUCGGCAUUGGUGUUGUCAAUUGUAAGCCUAUCCCUUGUCACCAGGGCUACUGCUUAUGCAGUGCAUUCCGCUGUUGUGUAAGUUCAGUUAUGAAGAGAUUGUAAAAGUACGUUAAAUGAAGUUUGGGGUCUUAUGUUACUGGGCUGAAACCAUCUGUCCCUGAAAGCUAAUGCAGCUCCUCUACUUUAAUGGAAGAGAGCCUGGAGCAUGUGGA